AUGUGUAAAGGCAACCCACAGAGAAGAAGCACCGGCGACGAGCUCCAUACGGUGGCAAAGUCCGGUGAUCUCGUCGCUGUUCAGAUGAUUUUGACUUCAAACCCUUUGGCUGUUAAUUCCAGAGACAAGCAUCUGAGAACACCACUUCAUUUAGCAGCAUUUGCUGGACAUGCAGAGAUAGUAAGUUAUCUGUGCAAGAAUAAGGCUGAUGUUGGUGCUUCUGCAAUGGAUGACAUGGCCGCAAUACACUUUGCCACUCAGAAGGGGCAUUUGGAAGUUGUUAAGGCUCUAGUUGCAGCUGUUGCAUCCAACAAGGCUUGUACUCGCAAAGGCAUGAAUUCAUUACACUACGCAUCUCAAGUCCAUCUGGAGCUUGUUAGGUACUUGGCCAAGAAAGGGGCGAAUCUUACUGCCAAGACAAGGGCAGGAAAGACUCCUUUGGAUCUUGCUAACAAUGAAGAAGUCCGCUCAUUUCUGGAGGAAUUCGAAAGAUCAGCCAAGAACAGAGCAUCUAGCAACAAAGAUAAAGCUGAACAGUCUGAUCCAAAAGCAUCCACGUUGGAAUCAGAAGAUAAUUCAAGUGCCAAACAGCCUGCAGUGGUUGUCGAUGAAGAAAACGGUGACGGAGAGAAGAGAGAGACUAAUGAGGAUGACAAAAAUAGUGAUAGGGAGAAGAGGAAGGCUAACGAAGAGAAAGCAAGAGAAGACUCAUCACAAUCAAAAAGGGCAAAAGUUAAGUUGAGCUAUCUCCAAAGUUCAGAUGAUAUCCAAGAAGAAGAAGAAGAAGACAUGUAGGU